CGCCGCCUUACUUGUGGACAAAAAGCGCAGCGUUCUUAUCCCUUCUCCCUCUUUACUUUCUCUGGUUUCAUUAGGAUGUCCGACCCAAGGCUGUCAAAGUAUGAAGCGGCAGCGAUCAAUGCCGCUGCGGUGACGAGGAAGUAUGGGGUACAUCCGCGAUUAGAUUAUCGGACUGUGUCCGCCGUCAAUGGUCCUCUAGUUGUGCUCGACAAUGUCAAGUUCCCCUCAUAUAACGAGAUCGUUCAACUCACCCUUCCCGAUGGCUCCAAGCGUGGUGGCCAAGUGCUCGAAGUGCAGGGAAAGAAAGCCAUCGUGCAGGUGUUCGAGGGUACUUCCGGCGUCGACGUCAAGAGCACGCACAUCGAGUUUACAGGCAGCAGUAUGAAGCUGCCUGUAUCGGAGGACAUGCUGGGUCGAAUCUUCAACGGAAGUGGGAACCCGAUUGAUAAAGGACCGAAAGUGUUUGCAGAAGACUUCCUGGAUAUUAACGGUUCCCCGAUCAACCCUUACUCCCGUAUAUACCCCGAAGAAAUGAUCCAAACAGGUAUCUCGACUAUUGACGUGAUGAACUCUAUCGCUCGUGGCCAAAAGAUCCCUAUUUUCUCUGCUGCUGGUCUUCCUCAUAACGAAAUCGCUGCCCAAAUCUGUCGUCAGGCUGGCCUGGUCAAGCGUCCUACGAAGGAUGUGCACGACGGGCACGAGGACAACUUCUCGAUCGUUUUCGCUGCUAUGGGUGUGAACAUGGAGACUGCUCGGUUCUUCAAGCAAGACUUCGAGGAGAACGGCUCUCUGGACCGUGUCACCCUCUUCCUCAACCUCGCCAACGACCCCACCAUUGAACGUAUCAUCACACCACGACUUGCGCUCACCACCGCCGAGUACUAUGCCUACCAGCUCGAGAAGCAUGUACUCGUCAUCCUCACCGACAUGUCCUCAUAUGCCGACGCGCUGCGUGAGGUGUCAGCGGCACGAGAGGAAGUGCCGGGACGACGUGGUUACCCGGGUUACAUGUACACUGACUUAUCGACGAUCUACGAGCGUGCGGGACGAGUGGAGGGCAGGAACGGGUCCAUCACGCAGAUCCCGAUCCUGACGAUGCCCAACGACGAUAUCACCCACCCGAUCCCGGAUCUGACAGGAUACAUCACAGAGGGCCAGAUCUUCGUCGAUCGUCAGCUGCAUAACAAGCAGAUCUACCCCCCGAUUAACGUCAUGCCAUCUCUGUCACGAUUGAUGAAGAGCGCGAUUGGCGAGAAGCUGACGAGGAAGGAUCACGGUGAUGUGUCGAACCAGCUGUACGCUAAGUAUGCUAUUGGACGUGAUGCCGCUGCGAUGAAGGCCGUUGUCGGUGAGGAGGCGCUUUCGCAAGAAGACAAGCUCGCGCUCGAGUUCCUCGACAAGUUCGAGCACCAGUUCGUCGGCCAAGGCGCGUACGAAGCCCGCUCGAUCUUCGAGUCCCUUGAUCUGGCCUGGACACUGCUCCGUAUCUUCCCCAAGGAGAUGCUCAACCGUAUCAACCCCAAGAUCAUCGAGGAGUUCUAUGCGCGCAAACCGGUCAGGACGGACGAGGACGUGCAUAAGGCCCCGAACGCAGAGAAUGGGAAGCUGAUUGAUGCUUGAGCGCGUUGUGGUGUGAGUGAGGACAUGGGUGAUUGUGUGGUUCGGGCGGCCUUCGGAGUUCAUUCCUCUACUUCCAGCAGACUAUAUAUACACUAUUGCAAAAUAUUGCAAGCCAAUGCAAUGCUGACCUCCAAUCGC